GCAUCCUUUUGCAAUUUUGCAGAACAACAACCUGGAACGAGCCCUCGACUGGAUCUUCACCCAUCCAGCGGAGGAGGAGAGCGACGCCCUCUCAGACAUGGCGGACUCGCAGUCCAACGACAACAACCUUUUCCAACCUCAACUCGCACAGCGACUCCACGCUGUCUCCAGACAGAGACAUGUCAGGCCCCAGAGUCAAAGAUGGACCAGGACGAUAUGAGCUGUUUGCCUUCAUCAGCCACAUGGGAGCCUCCACAAUGUCUGGACAUUAUGUCUGUCACAUCAAAAAAGAGGGAAGGUGGGUGAUCUACAACGACCACAAGGUGUGUUUGUCAGAGAGGCCUCCAAAAGACUUGGGCUACAUCUACUUUUAUACCGUCGCCUCUCGAGCAGUUAAAACCACUGCCUCCCUCCUUCCUGCGAAUCUUUAAAUAACUUCAGUCUUGUACCCAGAAAAACUGGCAGACACCUGAAACAUCAGCCGCAGCGGAAACGAUGGAAGAAACCUCACAGACCAGCUUCUUGCCUUAUCGUCAUCUCACACA